AUGUACUAAAUAGAAAGGACAGUCUAUUCUAAAUUGUUAAAGCUUCCUAAAAAGGUGGCAAGUGGAUUAUAGAGAUAAGAUAGUACUAAGCCAAAUUUUAGAGAUAAGGGUUACAAGGAUAUCAAUUUAGAUGUUAUUAGUCUCUAUGAAAGAAACCUUAAACCAAGAACACUCGGACUUUAACUAGACAGAAGAAUGGAUCCAGAUGAAAGAUAGAGAUACAUUAAGGAGGUCAAAUAAAAGUUAAACCUCAAUGAGAAGAUUUUAGGAUUAUCUUCAAAGAGAACCACUCGGGGUGAUCAAAUCUAUAAAGACAUGGGCUAUUUGGAAUUCAAUAAGUUCUUUAAGAAUAUUCAUGGACAAUCAAUAUUCUUGCCUCAUGAAAUGCAAUGGAGCACGGUUGAUUAUAAGAGAAAAUUAAUCCCUCAACACGAAGAAUCUGAAAGAAGAAUCGAAAGCAUGAUUGAUCAAAAAGCUCAGGCUUAUUCUAAAUUUGAGGACAAUGUUGAAAAAGCCUACGAUGAAUAUGUUGAAUAACAGAAAGCCCAAAAUAUUGAGAAAUAGAUUUCAGAUGUCGAAAGCAAAAUACCAAAGCCUUCUAAUAAUGAAAACAUUAAUGAAGAUGAUGAAGAACAAACCCCAAAAACAAAAAUAUUCUGA